UCCCACCACAUUCGCCAUUUGAAACGCGACGACGAGAAGACGACGACGACGACAGCGCAACUUGUAGCAGUGAAAAUAUUUAUACAAAUAAUUUGCUGUGUAAAAAUCAAAUUAACUAAUAAUUAAUUAACGUGAAAAUGUGAACGCAGUGUUUGUCAAAGAAAUGAAAUUCAUUAAAAAUGUAUUUCAAAGCAAUAACUCGUCGUGAAAAUUUCGUCGUACAGGCAAAAAAGAGCCGAUUUUUAGUGGAAGAAGAAGAAGCAGCAGUGAAGGCAGUAAAAGCAAUCGUCGACAACGACGACGAAUACACGGACAAAGCGCAGUGUGAAUGAAAAGCGUGUAAAGAGAAAACUUGCAAAAAUUACACCAACAACAAUAAGCGAGGCGAAAAGUGUGUUUAGAAAAGAAAUUAAAAACACACGCACAUACAUACAUACACAACCACACAUACUUAUGCAAAUGCAAAUACAAUCGCAAUUUUAAGAAUUGGUGCAAAAAGUCGACAAGCGCGCGGUUUAAUAAUAAACAGUUAUAUAUAUAUUUAUAUAUAUGUUGCGCGAAAACAUAUGAGGCGCCGCAAAUACGAAAAAUCAAUGAAAUUGUAAUAAAAUUCCGUAUUUUGCUCUCUCUAUCCAUCCCUGUCUCUACCAUUCGCUGUGAGCGUCCUCUCUUGUUGAUUUUGUGAUAAAAUUGCAAUCAGCAGCGAGACCACAACAAUAAAAACAUUUGCCACCCAAAAGCAGCUCAAGUACAUAAUACAAUACAUAUGUAUAUAUGUACAAAAUAGUUAAAUACAAGUGGUUGUGCAAGAAGAAGCAGCAACAAUCAGGCAAAAUACCUGAAAAAAAGAAAAAUAAACGGUAAAACGAAGAAGUGGCGACAGCAAGCAGCAGCAAGUCAAGGCAGCGCGCUAAAAGUUUAUUGUAAAAAUCAAAGUAGAAGGCACAAAGUGAUUUUUUUUGUUGCUUUUGAACGAACGAACGUUAAACAACACAUAAAAACAAUAAAAUAUCAAAAUGGUGGAAGCAAUAGAGCGGCGGAGAACGGCUGCGUGAGCAGCGCGAGAUCUGAGCGCCAAUUAUAAAAGUAACAACAACUACACCACCAACAGCAACAGAACAGCAAUAAGAAGAGAAGGAACGAAUAGCAACCAAAAAGCGAAACGAGCGCGCAACAGCCGCUGGAGGAGCAGAGAGAGAGAGAGAGAGAGCAGAGAGGAGCUGCCGCUCGAAAAAGUACAUAAUAAAACAAAAUUUAAAUAAAGUGGAAGUGGAAGUUUAAGCACAAAUUAUAACAACUGUAGUUACAGCAACAGCAGCAACAACACAAAAAGCAGUAGCAGAAUAAGCGCGAAAAGUGUAACAACAAAAACAUCACAGCAACAACAACAACAAAAACAACAACAGAAACAGAAUGUAUGGAAAAUCGAAGACUUCUGCUGUGCCGUCAGACGCGCAGGCAAGAGAGAAAUUGGCGCUAUACGUGUACGAAUAUCUGCUGCACGUGGGCGCCCAGAAGGCGGCACAGACAUUCCUCUCCGAGAUCCGAUGGGAGAAGAACAUAACGUUGGGCGAACCGCCGGGAUUCCUGCACACCUGGUGGUGUGUCUUCUGGGAUCUGUACUGUGCGGCGCCAGAGCGUCGUGAUCAGUGCGAUCAUAGCUCCGAGGCAAAGGCCUUCCAUGACUAUGGCUUUGUGAGCUCCGGUUAUGGUGUGAAUGGCAUUGGACCCGGCGGACCUCACAAUGCUGGUGGCCCAGCGCCCAGUCCACUCGGCCAGAUGCCGCCCGGUGGCGAUGGCGGCCCAAUGGGACCCGGAGGACCCAUGGGACCCAACUUUUUCCCGAAUUCGACAAUGCGGCCGUCGCCGCCAACGCACGCCUCAAGUCCACAGCCGCCGCCGUCACAGAUGAUGCCUGGCCAGCCGCCAUUCAUGGGCGGACCACGGUAUCCAGGUGGCCCGCGACCCGGCGUGCGCAUGCAGGGCAUGGGCAAUGAGUUCAACGGCCCUCCCGGACAGCCAAUGAUGCCCAACAGCAUGGAUCCAACGCGACCGGGCCCAGGUGGCGGCAUGGGCCCCAUGAAUCCGCGCAUGAAUCCGCCGCGCGGUCCCGGUAUGGGUCCAAUGGGCUAUGGCGGACCAGGUGGAAUGCGUGGACCGGCGCCUGGAGGACCUGGCGGUAUGCCGCCUAUGGGCAUGGGCGGAGGAGGCGGGAGACCGCCACAAUGGCAGCCAAAUGCAUCGGCGCCUAUGAAUGCGUACUCGUCUUCAUCGCCUGGUAACUACGGACCCGGACCUGGCUCGAAUGGCCCACCUGGACCCGGCACGCCCAUCAUGCCCUCGCCGCAGGAUAAUACGCAAGGGGGCCCCGUGGGCGGUCCUGGCGAUAGCAUGUACUCACUAAUGAAACCAGAAUUCCCCAUGGGCGGUGGCCCUGAUGGCAGCGGCGGAGGAGGUGGACCAGGUGGCAUGGGUCCAAUGGGCGGCGGUCCAAACUCCAUGGGCCCGGUACUUAACGGUGGCGGUGGCGGACCCGACGGUACCGGCCUCGACGGCAUGAAAAACUCACCAGCCAAUGGAGGACCGGGAACGCCGCGUGAGGAUUCGGGCAGCGGCAUGGGCGACUACAAUCUGGGCGGCUUUGGCGGUCCGGGUGAAAACGAUCAAACUGAAUCGGCGGCUAUACUCAAGAUCAAGGAGAGCAUGCACGAAGAAGCCAAGCGGUUUGAAAAAGACACAGAUCAUCCGGACUAUUUUAUGCCAUAACAACAUCAUCAUCACCAACAUCACCAACAGCAGCAGCAGCAGCAUCAGCAACAUCUCAAUACGGUGGCAGCUGCCGUGGCAGCUGUGGUUGCCGCUGCCGCAUCCAAUAGCACCGGUGGGACGAGCAACUCAACAGCCGCAUCCAUUGCAGCUGCGGCGCUUGGUGCAGCGGCCUCCAAUUUGCUGAGUGGCGGCAGCAGCAAUAACAACAACAACAACAACAGCAGCAGCAACAACAACAACAGCAGUAACAACCAUCACAACAGUAACAUCCAAUCUGGCAAUCCGACGGUGCCCACUGGCGCGCAUUUUGCAAAGGAACUCAAUUUCUAAAAUACACGGUAGUGAAAAUCCUUGGUACAUAAGCAUAAAGUAAAGUAAAAUAAUUAUUAUAUUUAAUAGUCUAAACAAAAAAGAAAGCAAAACAAAAGCCAAUGGCAAAUAUGUAAAAUUGUAAGCCGAACAGCAGCAAAAUAAUAAGCGAAGAAAAACAAAACAAAAGCAAAUAUUCAAACAUUCAAAUUCCAAUUUCAAAUGCAACAUAAAACCGGUUGGAAACGGUAACAAUUGCGACCAGGUGGCAACGCCAGCGGUUUGUGGAUGCCAUGGCAUGGCAAUAAACGAAAUGUAAAACACAAAUAGAUGCAAGAAAAAUAAGCAAAUAUACUUAAAUGUAAUGUUCAAUGCAACAACAAUAAGUUUAGCAAGUCUUUUGAUUAGUUUAUUUGCAACAAGUCAAACUGUAGCCCCAUUUACACACACACACUCACACACAGUCUGUCUACUAAUUUUUUAACAAUUUUACUUGCGCUUUGCAUUAAUGGAACAUUAAAUAGCUACACCAUCUUUGUACAUUUUUCUGUUUGUGUGAUUUUUGCAUAUACUUAUAUAGAUAUAAUAUACAUAAAACUUAAGUAUAUAAAUAUUAAUAAUAAUAUUGUAUUGUAGAAAUUGUGAAAAUGGGCAAACAAGAAUUUUUUGUUAAGCAAGUCUUAAAGGCGCAACAUUAAGAGUAUGCAUAAACAGUAGAAGGAGGGAAGAGAAGCAAGUGGAAAUAUAUUUAUAAUAUUGUAGGGAGAAGGAAGAGAGGAGCAUAGUUAGCAUUAUUAAACAUGUAUAUGUAGUGGGUAGCACAAACACACGCACAGACACAUGCAUUUACAUAUAUAUGGAUAUGCAAUUGUAGCAUCUAUUUUGUGUACAUGUGUAUGUGUCUGUAUCUGUGUUUCAGUUUUAUUUUGAGUUUCAUUUGAUUUAAAAACAAAUUUUGAAACUUCUUUAGCACUUUGUCGUCGUCGUCUUCGCCUUGUCUUUGUUGUUUGUAGUUGAUGUGUUUCAUGAAUUGUGUAAAUUGUACUUCUAUUUGUAUAUUUUAAUAAUAACAAAUUGUUAAUUAAGUUCCUUCAAUCGAGCAAUAUUUAUGAUUUAUCCAUUUUUGGUGAAUGGCAACAACAACAAUUUCGUGCACUUGUUUCGAUUUCUGAAAAUUCCUUCGAUGUCGACAUUGUGCAUUAGGACAGCGAAAUAAAAAAGCAAAAAAAA